AUGCAUCUUCACAGCCCUUCCUUGAUGGCUGAUGGUAGCUUCUCUCUGUCUGGACACUUGGUCAGGAGUCCAGUAGGGAACUCCUCUAGACUGCACAGCAUUGAGGCCAUCCUGGGAUUUUCCAAAGAGGACAGUGUCUUGAGCUCCUUCCAGGCAGAGGGCAGUCCCAGGAAUGGCAAGGAGGCUGAGAAAAGGGCUUCCAGACACUGCUUGAUCAAAAUGGCCGAGGAGAUACAACCCCAGCAGAGCCAUCUGGAGGAUAGGCAAGAGGAGGGCUAUGGAGAUGCUUACUGCAGUAAGAGCUCCAAUGAGUGCCUGAGCCCCGGACUGUCCUGCGGUAACGGUGACAGUAAGUCGGAUGAUGAGCAGCCCAAGAAGAAGCACCGAAGGAACCGGACCACCUUCACCACCUACCAGCUGCAUGAGCUGGAGAGAGCCUUCGAGAAGUCUCAUUACCCCGAUGUGUACAGCCGGGAGGAGCUGGCCAUGAAGGUCAAUCUGCCAGAAGUCAGGGUGCAGGUGUGGUUUCAGAACAGGAGAGCUAAAUGGAGGCGACAAGAGAAACUUGAGGUGACUUCCAUGAAACUUCAAGACUCCCCAAUCCUGUCUUUCAACCGGUCACCGCAACCGCCAGCCAUGAGCGCCAUCAGUAGCAACUUGCAGCUUGACUCCUGGCUCACCCAACCCAUGUCCAACACCACCGCCCUGCAAACUCUGCCAGGCUUUGUCACCACCCCACAGAACCUCCCUGGCAGUUACACUCCACCACCAUUCAUGAACACCACUCCUGUUGGCCAUGCCCUUCAACCGUUGGGAUCCAUGGGCCCACCACCUCCUUACCAGUGCGGCAACUUUGUAGACAAGUACCCUUUGGAAGAGAUAGACCCCAGGAACACUAGUAUAGCAGCCCUCAGGAUGAAAGCAAAGGAACAUAUUCAGUCUAUGGGCAAGCCUUGGCAAACCAUUUAAAGAGUCAACCCUUCACGGUGGCCUCCUAGAAUCAAAAGAAGUCUGAGACUUGAACUUUAUGUGCCAAGCACAGCUGAA